AUGAAAUCACUUUUCUUACUGCUCUCAGUAGCAGCUCUAAGCUCCCUAUCGGCAGCUUCAUACACCAAGCCCCCAGUACUGCCUCUCUUCGUCCGGAAUCCAUACCUUAGCUUGUGGCUUAAUGCUCGACACAAUCCGUGGGAUAGCUGGCCAAUAUUCUGGCAUGGACAGGAGAUUGGGUUCGGGGUGAUGGCCCAAAUACCCGCCACAAACACUGUUUACCCUCUCAUUGGACGUCCGCAAGACGCACUACUCCCAGCACAUCCGAAGGAUGGAUACACAGUUCAGUUUCCGACCUACACGGGCUUUCAGUACGACUCUUCAACUACGAACUUGACUUACUCGCUUCCAAACCCAUUGUCGGGAGAUGUCCUUGUGACGUUGAUGUUUACUAGCCCGAUUACUCCUGAGAGUACGGAGAGGCAGGCACUCCCGGCAAGCUAUGUGGAGGUUAUUGUGGAGGGUCAAGUGGAUGUUAAUAUUUACGUUGAUUUGAACGGACUUUGGGUCACACACGAACGCAAAGCGAUCAUUCAAUGGGGUCUCACCAAGGGCGAAAAUCUCACAACAUGGUCGAUUCACAAGCAAGAUCAAUGGACCUUUGCCGAAAUUAGCGAUCGGGCUGAAUGGGGCGUGCUUCACUUCACUGGUCCUCAGGACCCCACUGUCACAUACGAGGCCGGAGUAUCUGGACCCCUGCGACGCCGGUUCUCGCGAAACGCAACACUCGCAAAUACUUACGAUACCGGCUUCCGUGAGGUCAUGAAUGAGGAACCUGUUUUCUCGUUCUCCAAGCACUUUGCACUGAGUAGCAAGAAGAAUCAUACCAAGACAGAUUCGGUGCUUUUCACUGUUGCACUCAUCCAAGAUCCUGUUACACAGUUUGCAGCUGCUCGUGGCCUUACUCAGAUGAGGCCACUUUGGAGGUUUCAACACGCGACAGAUACUGAUAUGAUCUCCUACCAUUACUUUGACUAUCCCAAUGCUUACGCCCAAGGUAAGGCAUUUGCGGACAAGGUAACAGCUCAUGCUAGAGCUGUGGAGGGUGACACCUACGCGGAUAUUGUAUCAAUCUCGGCGAGGCAGGUGAUGGGAGCAACUGUUUUUGCGGGCACUCCCGAGGAUCCGAUUUUGUUCUUGAAGGAGAUUAGUAGUAAUGGGAACUUUCAGACGGUGGAUGUUAUUUUCCCAGGAUUCACAUUCUUUUUGUAUGCAAAUCCGAAAUGGCUGGCUUAUCUGCUUGAGCCGUUGUUGGAGCAUCAGAUGGCCGGGUUGUACCCAAACAAGUACUCGAUCCAUGAUCUUGGUGCUCAUUUUCCCAACGCUACAGGGCACCCUGAUGGAAAUGACGAGCCAAUGCCUGUGGAAGAGUGUGGAAACAUGUUGGCAAUGGCUUUGGCAUAUGUACAGACGUUGAAUGAUGGAUCAAAGGCAGGGAAGAAGGCGGCACAGAAAUGGAUAGAUAAGGGUGGAAGAUAUGCUCUCUGGAAGCAGUGGACUGGGUAUUUGACGGAAUUUGGGUUGAUCCCCGCUUAUCAGCUGUCUACCGAUGACUUUGCCGGCCGACUGGAGAAUCAGACCAAUCUCGCAAUGAAGGCGAUUGUCGGUAUCAAGGCCAUGGCAGAGUUGUCGUCGGUAAUGGGCAACACUGAGGACGCCGAUUACUACACUAAGGUCGGCGACGCUUAUGUCCUAGCCUGGAUUGAUUUUUCCAUGUCACGAGAUGGAUCUCAUACAAAACUUGCAUACCAUCUUUAUGGUUCUUGGGGCACGCUAUACAACCUAUAUCCGGACUCCCUUCUUUGUUUUGCCCAAAAGGGUAAUAGCGGUUAUAUUCCCCACGAUAUCUACCGUAAACAGUCACGCUGGUACUCUGCCGUUCACCAAAAGUACGGUCUUCCAUUGGAUACCCGCCACCUCUACACCAAAUCUGAUUGGGAGGUCUGGGCUGCUGCGAUCUCUAGCAAGCACACUCGUACGCAGAUCUUAGAGUUGAUGGGGCUCUGGCUUAAUGAGACAAUAACAAAUCGUCCAUUCCCAGACCUGUACGACACCGAAACCAGUGACUUCCCGGGAAUCUAUUUCAUGGCCCGGCCAGUUGCCGGCGGUCACUUUGCUCUUCUGGCACUUGAUGAAGCAUGUGGUGGUACUGGGCUCUCCUUUUUGGAACAAAAUAUUUUCUCCUCACCCCAGGAAGAGAAAGCCUUCUCUGCUGCUAUUGACCCAGAUGCAUCUCGCGCCUACGAUUAUGAGCUCACCGGUACCCCUGUUCACGGUAGUAAUGUUCAAUUCCCACCAUUCCCGCCAGGCGAGGGAUGGCCAAAUUCAUGCAAGGAGUGGGACAUUGAACAUCCACCUAAGACACCCGAGCAAAUUGCGGAUAAGGAGAAGUGGCAUCCUAAGAUGUAUCUGACCAAACAAUAUCUCACCGACGGUAUUGGUUGUUGGUGGAAGGGAGGUUGUGGGGAUGACCAGGUGGUCUAUACAAGGCCGAGCGAGUACAGAUGGGACUCCGUGGAUGAGGUUCAAAGGAUUGACAAGUGGCUCAAGACGAUGAACGGUCAGACACCGCUCAAUUAG